AGCACAUUUGCAUAAUACCUACUGUUUCCUGUUGGUUACUGAGCCACCAACCAAGGCUGUUAAGAACGCAAAAAUGGAAAGCUGUAAAGUGGCAGCCCCUCGCCAAAGGCAGCGUAACUUCCCUGAUGUGCUUAGGGAGCUUAGCAUCCCGGCAAUGGACUUCUUCGUCCAACAGCUUGGGAAACUCUCCAUCCGAGCCAUGCGGGAAACGUGUCGGCAAUUCCGCGACGCUAUUGACAGCAGCGUAAGGCAAAUCACUAUUCGGGUUAACUGGGAGUACGAAGCUUCCUGGACGGCGGGUCGCCUGCCUUCUGUGGCUCGCUGGCCUCGAUGCAACACGGUCUGCAUGGUGUCGCAACUAAAUCAGCCAAACGUGUUGGAUUCUGCCGGUUCAUUCACGCUCCCGUUUACCAAGAUGUCGCUCAACGCCAGACGACAGAUUACUUCUUUGACAUUGUCCGGCUAUGACCGCAUGCCUGGCGCCGAAACAGUGGUAGCACUGCUGGCGAGUCGUCUACCAGGGCUACGGGAGUUGGACCUAGAAGACUUGUACGGAGUAUCCGACGAGCGGCUACACCUACGCACCAUGUACUGCAGCCUCGCAUGCCUGCCGCACCUCGAGCGACUCGCUCUGCCAUCCGGCGCUGCGCUAGCAUGCCUGGACGCUCUGUCUGGCAGCCCCUUAAAGUACCUCCACGUAUGCAGUCACCGCAGCCGUGGGUUGCCUCAAAAACAAAAGGUCGAUGCCAGCGAGCUGCGUGGCCUUUUGCUGCUUCGUGAGCUGCGCGAACUCACGCUGUCCGACUGCCAUCUCCAAGACAACGGCAAUGCGGCCAACUGCUCACCGCCUCAGUUGCUGUUGCGCAGCCUGCCGGCCUCCCUGGAGAGCCUGCGGCUUAAGCGAUGCGGUAUCCCUCGCCGCGAAAAUGGCAAGAUCGACCUCUUGGUGCACCUCAAGGCCCGCCGCAUAGUGUCUGUGGACCUCGCACCCACAAGCGGGGUAGGAUACGAUGCUGUCUCACUGGAACAGUUGGCAGUCGAAAUGAGCCAGGGGCUGUUGGCCGGCUUGCUGGCGGGCCCGCAGCAGCCCCUGCCGAUGCAGGUCCUGCGCAUCGGCCAGCUGCAACUCAGCGGCAGCCGCGUCAGGGUGUUAGACGAGGCGAGGCUGGGGGACCUCAAGCGGGCGCUGCAGCGGUGCUUCACGCGGGUUGAGGUGGGGGCCGUGUGGGUGGACAGCAAAACUCCCGCGGCCGCAGUGCUGCAGGGGCUGGAGGUGUUGGGCGCGCCGGAGCACCUGGAUGUGGGGCUGCCUCAGCACUCUGGGUUCCUCAGCGACCGCAUCCGGGUAGCGGUGGCGGCGCCCCUGGGCGGGCAGCCGCUGCUGGCGGGUGCUGCUGCCCAGCACCCGCCAGCCAAGGCCUCGCUGCCUUCCGCUGAUGAGGUGGUGCGAGCAGCAGUGGAGCGGUUGGCCGCCGCAGGAACCCUGGUCACAGCGGUGGGUGAAGGUGCCUCGGAUUGCGCAGUGGGCGGUGCCGGGGCCCGGCCAGCGGGCCACGUGCGGUUGGUGGACGGGAAGCUAGCGCUGCUGCUGCGCGGCUCCCUCAUGGCCCUGGUGACGCAAGAUCUCAACGUGUUCAUUGGCUGGGUGCAGCUGCUGCAAAAGCAUGUGAGUGGAGCUACAGGUAGCCACGACCAUUACAUCGGGACGCAAUUCCAAGGGCUGCCGGGCGCCGCCGCCGCCAUCCUGGCGUGCGGGCACGAGGUGGUGACGGAGGUGGCACAGGCGGCGGGUACGUUGGCGAGCGCGGCGGAGGGGGCGCUGUCGCUGCAGGUGGUGAUGCUGCGGCCGCCGGGGAACAUGACGGGAAUGUCCCCGUCUGGCUUGCCCGCGGAGCUCUUCACCCAAGCCUUACAAGAGGUGGUGCAGGAGGCCUGGAACGCAGCAGCGGAGGCUGACGAGGGCAUCAGCGUGGGGCGGCGGAGGCUGGAGUGGCUGCUGGAGAUCAGUGGAAAGGUCGAUUUGGGGUCGUGGUGCUUAUUAUAGGCGCGGGCUGCACCAGCGAUGUAGGCUGGCAGCAGCUGCCGUACUGAUCCUGUGGGUACUAGCUGCUGGUAUGGGAGUUUGGUGCACUGCUGCUGAUGGACGGUCUAGGCGGGGUGUCGGGGGUAGCGGCCUGGGAAGGAAUCCGAUCACAGUGUUUGAGGAGUGGCGAUCAAAUCGGGCGGGCCUUCACAGCGAUGUCGUUCAUGUGGGUCUUAAGCAUGCCCGCUAGAAUUGCAUGGUAACUAACUUCCUGUUACGUGUUACGGCACUGCUGCUACAUGCGUGGGAUUAGGUGCGUGCUGUGGGAUUAGGUGGGACUAGGUGUGUGUCGCU